AUGACGUUGGAACAUAACACUGGUAUUAAAUUUAGUAGAAUUUCUAGGAAAACUGCUCUCAGGUUGGGUGUUAUAAGGAAACUGUUACCAGGUUGUCCUCAUAAACCUGCCAAUGUGGAUGAAGAUGAAUUUACUGAAAAUAUAAAUGAUAAACGUGGUCAUGAUCUUGCACUCAAGAAAUUACAUGAUGAUAUUGAUUUCAUAGAAAAAGUGUUAUGUGAUUUAGCAGAUGAACUGGCUGAUAAACAAAGCUUCACUUGUUUGGAAAAAUUUAUUGUGUUUGAAAAAGAUGACCACAAGAAAAAAGCAGAUUUUAUUGCUUUGCUUCAAGGACAGAAAUGGAAGGCCAAACAUUUUAAAAAAAGCAAUAGGCUACACGGACUUCAGAAGGACCUCAGACAUGUGAAACAGGACACACACAAAGUAAUUCAGGCAAAAGAUCAAGAAAUUGCUAAUCUACUAACUGCCAUUAAUGAUGCAAAAAGAUUAAAUCCAAAACGAGAAGCUUAUGAGAAAAAAGUGGCCAAAGUUCAGAUAGAGAAUCUUCAGUUUCGAAUAGAACAAGAGGAACAGAGUAUCUGUAAGGAGAUUGCAAAGGUAGGACGUGAAAUUCCUCAAGAAAUACGUGUGCAUGACGCCCUGACAGCCUUCUUGAAGGAGAGCUGUGCUAAACUCGAGACUAGAAUACUGGAGUGGAAGGAGAAAUUCAAUGUAGACACCCAGAGGAAGAAAGAAGAGGUAGCUAAAUGGCAAGCAGAGGUUCAGAGUAAGAAGAAAGACUUGAAUGAGGUAAUACAGAAGUACGACGAGUAUUGGGGCGUCGUGAGAGAAUACGAGGCCGAGCAAGAGAUUGAACGGCUGAGAAAAGAGGAAGAGGAACUGCACUAUCGAGCUGCGUCCAAAAUACAGGCUUGGUGGAAAGGCUGUAUGGUGAGGCGAGGAAUGAGCUCAGGAAUCAAGAAAAAGAACAAGAAAAAUAAACCUUUGAAAAAGUAA